AUGCUAGCAUUGAAUUUUUCUGUAGGCUGUAUGCAGGUCAAGAAAAAGAUCAGAGAAGGAUGUGAUGACAAUCCAAACGCACCCAACAACAUCAUCAAGCUAUCACUAAUCUUUUCAUCGAUUCCGGGCUUCUCUCCGAGACUCAUUCACGGCGCAUCGCUGCCAAAUUGGACCUCGCAGCAGCAGAGACCCUUCUGCGCUCCCUCCUCCUGGCCCUUUUACCUUGAACCUGGCUCGGACGCUGUCCGCCUGGAUCUUCUUCGUCGUCGUAUCCUUUGUAGCGACAAAGGCACGUGUACUGCAGCGCUUCUUUGA